AACAAGGAAAGAACUUGUUACACGGUAAAAGUCCUUGAUCGGUCAAUGUUUAAGCGAGGAGAAACAUUGUUACAAUGUCUUUUCACAGUGUGUCCAGAGAAGCAUUGAUCGGCUCGGCUACACUUGGAGUUGUCUUUGUGGCUGGUUAUUACAUUGGCAAAAGAAGAUCCACAUUUUCCAUGGACAUCUUCAAGAGUCACUCUGGGGCAAAAGAUAACCCUUUGAUGCAGUAUGUCCUCAAUCAUUCAAUGAGGGAGCAUCCGGCCCUGAAAAAACUCAGACUGAGGACUAUGGAUGAUUCGUGGAACUUCAUCAUGGUUGCCGCUGAGCAGUCUCAGCUGAUGGCUAACCUGGCAAGACUCAUCAAAACCAAGAAAGCUAUAGAAAUCGGAGUAUACACAGGGUACAACACUCUGAGCAUAGCGCUGGUUCUGCCAGACGACGGGAAGAUGGUGGCCUGUGACAUCAAAGACGAAUACCCCAACAUCGGCAAACCCUUCUGGAAAGAGGCUGGAGUGGAACAAAAAAUAGAUCUACGCAUCCAGCCGGCAUUGAAAACUCUAGAUGACCUCUUGGCCAAUGGCGAGGCCGAGACAUUUGACUUCGUCUUCAUCGAUGCAGACAAAGCAAACUAUGACAACUACUAUGAAAAAUCCCUCCAGCUAGUGAGGAAAGGAGGCAUUAUUGCCAUUGAUAACGUUCUGUGGAGUGGGAAGGUGGUGAACCCUGCAGCUGAUGACAUUGACACCCAGGCCAUUGACAAGCUGAACAAGAAGUUGUACCGGGAUGUCAGGAUCAACAUCAGCAUGCUCACUGUGGGAGACGGCGUGACACUGGCCUUCAAACUCUAACACAUGUAGGAGACAGGUCUUAAAACUAUAGUACUAAAUGGAAGAUUGGCCAACACUGGUCUGUACUGUGGUAAACUGUAGUACCCAAUUACUGAGAAGUAGCUUUACAUUACAAUAAUCAGAUAGUACUUGCCAAGUGCUGACUUGUAAAAUGGUUGUUUAUAGGUAAUUAAAUACAUGUGUGUAAUGCUGCCCUUGAAUAUAUGUGACCUGAAAAGGUUUAAAUGAAAGAACUAGGACUGUCAGAGUUAAUCAGGUAACUUUGUAAUUUUUGUGCAUUUUUUUUUAAAUAUAUUGUCUGAAGGCAUUCAAAAAUA